CUUCCGUUUUACAAUGGAGAAUGUCUACGAUUGAUGACAGCUUACUGCUUGACCCAUAACAUGGGUACAACAAUUCAUUUCUCGUUGUGGCUUGGUAUGGUAGCCUUCACCAUGAUUGGUAAAGUUGAGUGCCUCUCCCAACCAGUUUAUUUGGUUACCUCCCCUGAUGGAAAUGUGACAGUGGAAGAAGGCCAGCCAAUCAACUUGUCUUGUGAGGUCCAUAACAGUUAUGGCACUGGUCAGCUACAAUGGGACUUGCCUCCGAAUUUCAAGCACAGAGCUCCGUCAGUCACUUGGGAGGACAGACAAGCUACGAUUAACCAGUCAGGAAUGUCGAAGUUGACCGUAGACGAAGCAAUGAUGGGGGAUUCAGGGAAAUAUGAUUGUCGUAUCGAAAACAUUGUGAAGAGUAUCUAUGUAACAGUAAAGGGUGUAUCCGAGAUCCAUGACAUAGUUUUGGACUCCAAUAAUAUCCAGGACAUGUUACAUGUAGAAAUGGCCAUUGUCCCCCCUCGCCGCAAGAUUCAGAUUAUGGAGGGUGAAAGUGUGCGGGUCAACUGUAGUGUAAACCUCUCUCAGCUGUACCCACACGUGGUAAAGAAUGCUCAGCUCUCCUGGAUUACCAAGAAACACAAGGUUCACCAGCGAAGGGUAGAUAACUCCACCAUCACACUGAUAAUAGACAACGCCAACAGCUCGGACGCUGGUUUCUAUACAUGUUGGUUCAACACUUCACAAGGCUCUACACAGAAGCUCUUCUACAUCAGUGUUAACGCCAAGUCCAAAGACGGAGCUGUGUGUACAACAUCCCAGUUCCUGUGUGAGAAACACCAUCACUGUAUAUUUGUGAGGUAUCGAUGCAAUGGACAGGAGGAUUGUCUUGAUGGGUCUGAUGAACACAACUGUGAAGAGAACCCUUGUGUGGACCAGUUUCCUUGCCUCAACGGUCACUGUGUCGACCGAGAUCGUGUUUGUGACAUCCACCACGAGAACGACUGCGGCGAUUGGUCAGACGAACUGUGUAUUUUCUUGCCGCAGUACUUUACUGCAGUAAAUGAGACGACUGUUGACAUCCCACCUGACGAUACGGUAGAGGAGGACCAGAUGACGUGGCUCAAAACCACUGUCUACGCAGUGAUUGGCUGUACGGUCGGCAUUGUCUUGUUUAUUUCCAUAAUCGUCGUGGCCGUGUUCCGUAUCAGGAUGAAGCGUGACGCCUGUAACCAGAGGGAACGGGUUGUUCAGCGUCAUCAGGGGCCACAACCCUUGUCGUCGAACAGUUCCCGACCGAGUGGGGAGGCACAGGAGAGUCAGCCAUUCCUAGAGGGGCGACAGAAUUAUGGCAAUAUUAUUGUGAAUGUGAAUAACGGUGUUCAGUAUGUGCCAGUAUCGGAGUUUGUGGUGAUGGAGACACCGCCAACUUAUUCAGAGGUGGUGGAGGAAAUACAGGUUCAGCAUAACUCUGCGCCACCAGACUAUAGUACGCUGGAUAGGUUUCCGCAAAGGCCUAACUCACUACAGGUAGCAACAAGUAAUAAUCGCCGAACCCCACACCGGUGUACGAGACAAGCCGCACCAUCCAGUGAUAAUCAAGGGACACUUCCCCAGUAUACUGCAGAAAAUAACUCUCGUCCACCAACACAUUCCGUGUCUGUCCAGACAACCAGGAGCCAAACUGCAGGUCAAGGUCAGUCUAGUCGCACACAACAUCCGCGGGGUGGAGACUCGACACGCACCUCAACCUCCCGAGGCCUGCCCAAACAACCAAAUAUGGCAGUCCAGGGUGGCCAAAUAAUUCUCCGCAACCAGCAUCUGCCUACAAUCCAGAGUUGUUCUCCUACCUCCAGUGAUCCCACCACAAGUGAUACCCAGCCACUUCAGCUACAGGUACAGGGAGGGCAGAUCAUGUUGGGUGGGACUGACUCGGCAAAUAGUGUGGGUGUCCCUCCUCCUAGUUCUCCCCCUCCAGUGACAUCUAGUGCGCAGAGAGACUUACCUCCCCUGCCAACUUCAGGACAGACUAGCUGUUCUGGUCAAGCUUUAUCAGCGCCACCUGGUGGCAAUCAUCAAGGAGUGGUGCCUGCACAGUCCAGUUGUGCUAUUCCAAUAAGGUCACCUCCCAGUGACAAUAACCGUAGUGAAGAUUUAUUGGCUAGUGGUUGUGUGACUGUUCCAUGCGACUCUCCAGAAAAUCCUUUAAGCAUGAUGCUUCCACCUCAUCAAAUUAAUAAUGUAUCGCCUCCUUUACCCCUAAAUAUUCACCCUGAUAAUGUAACUCCAUGUUUACCUGCAAAUAUUCCUCCAGAUAUUGCAACCCCAGCUUUACCGCCAAAUAUUGUAUCCCAACCUUUACCAGCAAACAUCGAGUCACAUGAUCCACCAGCAAACAUUGAGUCACGUCACCCACCAGCAAACAUUGAGUCACGUCACCCACCAGCAAACAUUGAGUCACAUGAUCUACCUGCAAACAUUGAGUCGCGUCACCCACCAGCAAACAUUGAGUCACACGACCUACCUCCGCAUACACAAGCUCUUCCUGCUAAUACUCUGUUGCAACCAUUAGAUGCUGUAUCUUCAACUUCACCAACAAGUGUUGUGUCUGAAUUGACUGCAGAAAGCUCUUCAGUAUUACAAGGGGCUGAAGUGAAUUGUGCACCAAGGGGCAAGUCCAGUCUGGUAUGUCAAGCGGGGAAUUCCUCCGUCAUCACACCCCGGGACAACCCCCAGGGUGGGGCAUUAGAAUGUGGGGGAGGGGCCAAAGAGGAGGACGAAAGUCUGUAUGAUGCUCCUUGGGAAUGUGAUCUAGAUCUCUUCAUAUCGGAGAUCCCGGAUCGAGCUGUGCAGAGUCAUUCAGACUCUCUGUCAAAUCAGAAUCAGUCUGGCUCUUCGCCGAAUCUUGUGGCUGUUGAGCCUGAUAUAACAAACUCUGAAAGAAACACAGUCUCCGAUUCCCCGUCACAAAGUACUUCCCUGCCAGGGGGACAUAACUACGAAUCAAUUAACGAACUUCGUAAUAACAGAAUGUGUGAAGAUCCUGUAUCGGGCACCUCCAGUGCUAGCAAUACGAUACAGGUGGUAGAUGGGAGAAUCUGUUUAUCCAAUCAGAACACCUUCCCGAGAAUGUCAGAUUCUCAUCAUCAUUCUCGUAGUCUACCAAAAACUCCGGACAACAGCUCCACACGGGGACAAAUCACCAUCAAAGACGGCAACAUAGUGCUUACGUGAUCGUCAACUAUUUGUGUCGGACAAUAUUAAUGAUAAAUGAGAUAUGGUCGAUUGAUUAUUGUGCAUUGUGAAAUAUGUGUUUUAUUUUGUACAUAUAUAUAUAUGUGAAUGAAGAUGAACGUACAUAUACGGCAUUUACUUAAUACACACAUUUAUGAUAAUAAGUGAUGAUAUUUGUUGAUUUCAAUCCGGGUAGUUUGAUCCUCUUUACAUGUUGUCAGAAUACAGGUACAUUAUGCAUUGACUUAGGUUGAAAGCAUGGGUGUUUUUCUGGGCCCACACCCAAGGUACAGCAAAUCAUCUGUAGCCUUGAAAUGCAAACCACUUCUAGUAGAUGGGUUGUUCCCCUUGUUAGUAAAUAUUCGCUGUUCAUGAAGCAAAAGCAUAAGUCAGUUAUUUAUUCCAUGUUGUUUUAAACUGUCCCGACCUAUUCUUUUAUAAUUUUAUAAUUCUAUAAUUUUAAAAACGUGCAAGUGAACUAUUCAAAUCCCUUGAUCAAGACUACAAUAUAUAUAUAUAUAUAUAAAGAAAACAUUGAGAA